AUGCGGGGCCUCAGCUACGUUGGAGCAGAGACGCUCUCUGAUGAGGAGGCAGAGCGAAUGUGGCUGCAUCUCAAGGAAGCAUUUGGGCAGAUCUUCAAUCACAAUGCAGCCUCUCUCUCAUUUGAAGAGCUUUACCGUUAUGCGUAUAGCCUGGUUCUGCACAAGCGCGGCCAGAAGUUGUACGAGGAGACGUAUUGCUGCGUUCGGGAUGAGCUGCAGUCUGUUGCUGCGGCCGUCCGAGAGGAACGGGCUCCUCUCAUCUUCUUGGAGAAACUUGUGAAGAGCUUUAAUGACCAUGCCGUGAACAUGCGCCUCACGAGCGACGUUCUCAUGUAUCUUGAUAAGAAUUUUGUUCCUAGCCAAGAUUUAAGUCCCGUUUACCCUAUGGGGCUCAAGCUGUUCUGCGAAGUAGUGCUGCGAGAUCCAGUCAUUGGACAGAGAUGCCGGUCACUCCUCCUCAGUCUCAUCUCCGCCGAAAGAAGUGGAGAGACAGUCGAUUUGCAGCCCGUGCGCCUCGCAGUUGGAAUGUUCACUUCUCUCUCUUCUUUUCUCGAGGAAGCUAUUUAUCAAGAAGAGUUUGAAAAGCCGUUUUUGCAAGAUACGAAGGAAUACUACACCCGCGAGGCCGAGGAGCUGGCGCGAAACUCGUCGGUCACGGAGUUUCUCAAGAAGGCACAAGCUCGCAUGACGCAGGAGUCCUUUCUAGUCGCUUCUCAUUUAAGCGAAGAGACGGCGAUCCCGCUUUCUCAAUUGCUCUUCAGCGUUUGGAUUGCAGCCCAUUAUAAGGCCUUGGCCAACGACCCGCACACAGGAGCUCCCUUCCUCAUGAGAAAUAACAAGCUGGAAGAACUUCAUCGAAUGUACUGUCUGUUCGCUAGAGUGCCCGGUGCCUUAGAGGAGCUCAAAGACACCAUGAAGAAAACUCUGGAAGAAUACGGGUAUGCUAUUCUGAGAGAUCCUGAGAAGGCAAAGGAGGCGGUUUCCUUUGUCUCUUCCUUCUUGAGCUUAAAACACAAAUUCAGCAAGCUUGUUCGGGAAGCAUUCUGUGAUAAUCAGGAGAUGCACGCUGCAAUGAAGACAUCUUUUGAGGGCUUUCUGGGCUCCGAUACGCGUUAUGCCUCCUUCUUAGCCGCCUACUUGGAUGAAUUCUUCCGCAAAGGGGCGAGGACGGCGAAUGAAGCAGAGACAGAGGAGAUUCUGGAGAGCCUUCUCUCGCUUUUCCGGUAUCUGAAGGACAAAGACAUCUUUGAAGCGUACUAUAAGCAACUUCUUUCACGGCGCUUAUUACAGCACCGAAGUGCAAGCAUCGAGGCCGAAAAGCUUUUUGUUGCGAAGCUUAGAGCUGAGUGCGGGCAGCAGUACACCGCCAAGCUGGAGAGUAUGUUUAGGGAUUUGCUGGCCGCGGGGAAGCUAAUGGAAGACUUUAGUCGCUUUAGGCUGCAGCUCUCCGAAGGGUCAGCAAAAUCGGAGAGGUGUUUGGGAGUUCAGCAUGGCAUGCAAGCCGAGCUGGCGAGACAGCUACAACAAAAUACGGAAGCAGACACGAGCGUCCAUGAGCAAGAGCUGCCUCCCUCUGGGAGCUGCGGGAGUACAGCGGGCUUGCCAUGUGCUGCUACGGCAUCUUCUGGAAUGUGGGGAGAGAGGGAAGAAGGCCACGCUGGCGGAUCUCCAAGCUCUGGAGAUGCUCCCUGGAGUCGCGAUUGCUCCGAAUGCGCUGGAAGGAAUGCAACUUCCGCAGCGGAGGAGCAGACGGGAGGAGGACGUGGAGGGGAGAGCACCCUAAGGGCUGCCUCGCAUGGCUUGCGAGUUGGAACUGCUGCAUCAGCUACUCCUGAGUUUGAGUGCACGGUGUUGACGCAUGCGACUUGGCUGGGGGGAGGAGAAUGUCUCGCCGAUUUAUCGCUUCUGCCGCCGUCCCUGCGCUGGUCAGUCGAUGCUUUCACGACCUUCUACCUCUCAAAGCACUCUGGGAGGGUCUUAAAAUUCGCACUGGAGGAGGGGCGAGCGCUCGUGCGAGGGACGUUCGUGACGAGCCGCCACGACUUGGACUGUUCAACUCUGCAGAUGUGCAUUCUGUGCCUUUUCAACGAGUCCACCUCCCUCUCUGUCGGCCUCCUUAUCUCCCGCCUUCGAGAAAAGGCUGGAUCGCAUGUGGCGGAAGCUGAGUUGCGACGGCAGCUCACUUCUCUCUGCACGCCUAAAUGCAGGCUGCUAAGGAAGCGCACGCCUGAAGGCACAAGCACUUCGCGAGAGUUGCAUGAUGGCGAUAUUUUGGAGGUUAACGCGGAAUUCAGCAUGCGCCUCUUUAGAAUCAAGGUGCCCCUCGUCACCCUCGCCAGCAUGGGCGCCUCAGAGCCGCUUCUGGAGCCGCAGGCAGGAGCAGAUGUGCCAGCCAGCAUUGAACAAGACAGAAAUCAUUUAGUGGAAGCCGCCAUCGUGCGCGUGAUGAAGAGCAGGCAGCAGAUCCGCCACAACGACUUGCUUGAAGAAGUCACUCAACUUCUAUCGCCUCGGUUCAUCCCCUCGGCUUCUCUGAUCAAGCAGAGGAUUGAGGUGCUGAUAGAACGCGAAUAUAUUCAGCGAGGACCGGAAGAUAUGCGGAAGUACUCUUAUGUUGCGUAG